CCUCCGUCCUCUCUUGAAAUAUUGUCCUGUCUCUCAUUUUCAUGGUCAGCAGGGCAAAUUUAAGUGAAAGCUUGCAACACCACUAUAGACACACACUACUGUACGGUCACUGUACACUCAAAUGUGCUGUGCUGCACUGCACUUUUAGCGUCAUUCGUUAAGUUUCUACAGUCCGAACUCUUUCACCCCAAAUCAACUACCAUCUUUCUUAGACAUUUUCAACAAUUACCAGCAACUUUACAGAAAUUUGUCCCAUAGGACUUGAUUGUUUUGCUAACAACUUGACCCUCCGAUUUCGAUCUUAACUCCUAUUGCUUUCGCGGAACUCGAAACCUUCAAUAUCUAUCGACUGUACUUGCUCAAGAAGACCUGGUCGCGUCGCAAGUGGGAAUAAGCCCCUCCAGCAACACAUCCCCCACAAACAAUCAUUGUACCCACAUGAACAAUAUCUACCAUUGCUGUCGCAUGCAUCCUCAUUCUCAACUGCGACUUAUCGGAAUCUCAUUAGAAGAUUCUCUAUAUCGCUUAGCACGUUCGGAUCAACAAUAUACAUAGUUCCACUGAGUGCGAAAAGUGAACUUUGCUGCCUGUGUCUUUUCUCGGGAGAGUUGGACCUCUCGGUCCUUUGCGACGUCCAUUUUCGCUGGAGGUACCAUUCAUAUAUCAUCUGGACGAUUAGCAGACCUAAUCGAACAGCUCCAGUAUGUUGUCUGAUCAUCCUACCUCUUCAACUACACAACAAGCCUUUUCGAGCCCUCAGCCAGCGCCCAUACAACAAGCAUCGCCCCCAACAAAGCAGAGUUUAAAGAGCUGGUGGAAAACAUUUAGGCCUCCUGCAAAGACUCAGGAAUCAAGUGCUGGUGAGGACCCCUGAAUUUCCUUUUGUUGAGAGCCCAGAAAAAUAGUGAAGAUCUGGGACAUGCUCUCCAUAUAAUUUUGCCCCAUCUGCCAAGAAAUUUAUACCCUCUAUUCAAGAAGAGCCCGAUGGACAACGUUACAUCCAUAGUAGAUGGUAUUCCAGGAAUUGCAACGGAUACAAGGUCAAAAGCAGCAGAGGCGUCAACAACGACAAACAUAUUUCGUAUUUUCAACAAUAAAUACACAGUCUCUUCAAGGGUAUAUGUCUGGUAGUGUGGUUUAGCCAUCACCUUCCAGUAUAGUACCUGGAAAAAGAAUAGUUUUGGAUAGUUCUCAACCCGGUUCCAACCGCGAAACCAUGCAAACACAGUCAACCAGUGGCAUGAGAUGAAGAAAGGCAUGAGACGAAGAAAGAGAAGCUCUCUCAGCAGGAAUCCGUUGAAGGAUAUAGCAGCUAAGCAGCGUUCCAAAAUCCGUAUUCAUAACUACCAUCGAAAUCAUACAAACAUGCAAAUGACCCCUCAAAGCAGAAGUCAAAGCAGAAGUCAGAGCAGAAGUCAACAAUUGUUAAGUUUUUGUCGCUAUCGCCACAUCAAAUUCAUAUUUUGGAAAUCGGGCAACAGUGGUAAAAUCAAAACUGACCAAAGAAAUUCCAGAAUCCCAACCAACAGGUAUAUUUGGGGUACCUUUGCGACAGAGCAUUGCAUAUGCAAAUGUGGCUAUUUCCCUUGUCGAUGCCCAAGGGCAGAGCUACAUAUAUGGUUAUGUACCAAUAGUGGUUGCAAAGUGUGGAGUUUAUUUGAAAGAGAAAGGUGAGUUUUGUGCGUUGAUGUUUUAUUUAUCCUUAUACUUUGCAAUGGCUAAACCGAACAGCAACUAAUGUCGAGGGAAUCUUUCGUCUAAGUGGCUCGGAAAAGCGCAUCAAAGAACUGAAAACCAUCUUUGAUUCUCCUGAUCGAUAUGGAAAAGGUCUUGAUUGGGCUGGGUACACAGUUCAUGAUGCGGCAAACGUUUUACGCAGAUAUCUUAAUUUAUUACCAGAACCAAUUGUUCCGCUUGAUCUAUAUUCUCGAUUUAGAGAGCCUUUAAGAGGUCAUACUAUGGCAGCAGUUGGCGACAGUGAUGGGAGCCCGCAAUUUUCCGAUAAUUUCGAUGUUAAUAAGGCCAUCAUUACUUAUCAGCAACUCAUUACCGAAUUGCCUCCUUUGAACCGCCAGCUAUUGUUAUACAUCCUUGAUCUAUUGGCUGUGUUUGCCUCAAAAUCGGAUGAAAAUCGAAUGACGGCCGUCAACCUCGCAGCCAUCUUCCAGCCUGGUAUGCUUUCACAUCCUGAACACGAUAUGGCACCUGCAGAGUAUCGUCUUAGUCAAGACGUACUAAUUUUCUUGAUUGAGAAUCAAGAUCAUUUCCUAAUUGGUAUGAGAGGCACGGCAGCAGAUGAGCAAACUCUGAAUGAGGUUGAAAAUGGUGGUACCCCUCCCCCAGGAACUCCCACCACACCUAGUAGAUCGAAGGGCACAAUUGGUAGAUCCGCCUCAAAUGCCAGCGCUGGAGCUGAUAGUGUGCGCAAGUUUGGUGGCAUUCGACGUAACGUGUCUGUCUCCUCUCAUCAUUCACGGCAGUCAAAUGGUGCCCCUAGUCCGGCAAGCCCAGCUUAUGGCGUUACGCUCACUUCUUCACCUAGUGGGGGCAUCCAUCGAAGCAAUACUGUACCUUCUAAGAAGUCCCCUGGAUUGCCAUCUUCUCGAAUGAAUAAAAACUCUGGGCCACCCUCACCAACCCCGGCAGGGUUAACAACCAACCGCUCUAACCGACCCCGAGCUCUUUCACCCGGGCUCCCUACAUCUUCUGCCCAUCUGUUACCGUCAUCUCCGAGCUUAGCACUCAAUACCGCUACUGAAUCAAGUCUGGCCGAUACAGCUCACAUUGUGACCAGUCAAGAGCGGCUGAUCCCCGAAUCUAACGAGCGCUCUUCUGAAGUCUCUACUCCCUCUAGAAUUGUCUCAAACCUGUUCCAGCGAUCGCCAACGGAGGGUGCCGACAAGCGACAACCUAACAAACUAAGGAAAAAACGUCUUCCAGGAAGCUCAAAUCCUAGCGCUCAGAGUUCGACAAAUUCUUUGGAUGGGCGCUCAUCGUCAGUUUCGCCCGGCCUCCAUGCAUCUCGCGUCAAUCCUGACCACUCGGAUCAUCCGCGCCUGGAAAACCUCGCAGCUUUAAACCCGAUAUUAUCCAACACCCAAGCUACACCGCCUGCUAUGGACACCCCGCGGGCGGAACAACCUGCUCAUUUUACACCCAUGCGACCAGAGGAUCCACACCAUCCGUCAGAUAGAACACUAAGGCCCGUCAUAUCUCCUGUGUCUUCCUUACAUUCCCACUCAUCUUUCAACGAUCAGUCAGAUCUUGAUCACGGAGAAGAUCCAACUCUCGCUGAAGCGAGGGAUAAACGUUCAUUGUGGCGUAUGUCGCGGCGUAGGGAUGACUCAAAUACACUUGGAGCUGCACUCAGUCCAAAGAAAAACGGGUCGGAUAGCGGUGCUGGUGCAAGUUCAAGUUCUGUAGGCAGCUCAAACCGCCCUCGAAAGAGUUUCACUGGUGAUACUGUGCCUGUGGCCACCGACUCAGGAUUCCCCAGCGCUCAUAUCUAUUCUAGUAAUGAAAGUGGAUCUAUGGCGCUUGAGGAGAGGAGGGGGCCUUUAGGGUGGAUCAAGAGCAAGAUGCGGGAAAAACGGGAUGAAAGCAGGGACAAGGAGGCCGAGCGUGAACGAAAUAAGAGUCCACCCGGUGAUCGGCCAACUAACAUCAGCUCUUCCGCCCUAGCACCACGACGGAAGAGUACAGACGUUAAUAGAGGAGAAGAACCUGAACACGUCAACGGCCAUGAGCAUACACUACCUCGCCCCAAUAAUAAUCCAUAAUGAGACGGCUAGGCUAUUAUCACAUGAUUUCACAGCACAUUUUGAUUAACAUGGAGCCAAAACUAGUACAGCUCUGAAAUGCCUGUUGUUUAUUGGUUUAUAAAGAUCGCGGGUCCCAGAUCAUGACGCGUUUCUCUUCCCGUCUUCUGUUGUUUGCGUGCAUUUAAUUCUUUUGUGUUUGCGCUUCCAACUGGGACCCAUCUUAAUAAGUACCAAAGGAUUUUAAAUGGACGAUUGUGGCGGUUCGAGAUAUGGAAUUUGGAUUUGGGGUGUGUUUGGGUGCAGUGCCUCGUGGAAUCAAGGAUUUAUCAUCCUGUCACGGAGAUUCCCCCCUUCGGCGUCCUGUAUAGAAGGAUGGUAUAAAGAAGAAAGGAGAAAGGAGAAAGGGUAUAAAUGAGACUGCCAUGAAUUCGAUGAUUUGAUGAAUUACUGGCGCUGGGAAAGGAGUUUAUGUAUCAUGAAUGCUUUUACGAAAAACAAAAAUGAAUCGGGAUUUUAGCCUUCUGGGCUUUUGGGGAGUGGACAGGUUCUUAUAGGGUCAUUAGCAUGGGGAUGAGACGACGAAUCCAACGACGAUUGGCUUGAUAUGACUCUUAUGAUUGGGAUGGCUCGGACGAAGGGACGGGUUGGGUUUGGGGAAGAAUAGAUAGGGAAUCACGAAUAUAAGGAACGGGGAAGAUGGACAGAGAACUUUACGCUCUUCCUUUUUUGGUGUUAAGUUCGUCCGUUUGUUUGUGGUGAUGGGAGGCGAAGAAGGUGAUAUUGCGGAGACUAAGAUGGGACGAGACGUUCGAUUCUUUUGUAUGUAUUUUUGAAAUAAUUGUGAAUGAGUAAAUGGAAGGAUCGGGGCUUCUUAUAUAUACAU